UCUACACAAACAGAAACAUAUAUACAUCAGAUUCAUCUAUCAAAUAUUAUUCCUCGGGCAACAUUAGCCCAGAUAUAUAGCCAGAAAAAGACAUUCAUCCACACACUUCUUUAUAUAUCUAAGCUGCUCUCUCCACUCAGAUACUCAAAAAAACACACAAACUUAUCAAACAUGGCUCCAAACUUGAUCUUGAUCUCUCUCUUUCUCUGCUCUUUUAUGGCCGCCUCUUCAGCUGGCAACUUCUACCAAGAUUUUGACCUAAUAUGGGGUGACCAUCGUGCAAAAAUACUCAGUGGAGGUAGCCUUCUGACGCUUUCACUGGACCAGGCCUCUGGUUCUGGCUUCCAAUCCAAGAGACAAUACCUCUUUGGCAGAAUCGACAUGCAGCUCAAGCUUGUUGCUGGAAACUCUGCCGGAACCGUCACCGCUUACUAUUUGUCUUCAGAAGGGCCAAACCGCGAUGAGAUUGAUUUUGAGUUCUUGGGGAACUUGAGUGGAGACCCUUAUAUUGUGCAUACAAAUGUGUACACUCAAGGGAAAGCGGACAGAGAGCAACAAUUCUACCUCUGGUUCGACCCAACAAAAGAUUUUCACACCUACUCUUUUCUUUGGAACCCUCAGCGUAUAAUAUUCUUGGUGGACAAUAUCCCCAUAAGAGUGUUCGACAAUGGAGAAUCGUAUGGGGUUCCAUUUCCCAAGAGACAACCCAUGAAGCUAUACUCAAGCCUGUGGAACGCAGACCAAUGGGCUACAAAAGGUGGCCUAGUGAAAACAGACUGGUCCAAAGCUCCUUUCACAGCCUUCUACAGAAACUUCAAAGCUAAUGCUUGUGUUUGGUCAAAGGGCUCAUCUUCAUGUGCAAAUAAUAAAAAUAAUGCUUGGCAGACUCAAGGGCUGGAUGCAAAUAGUCGUAGAAGACUGAGGUGGGUUCAAAAGUACUUCAUGAUUUACAACUAUUGCUCUGAUCUGAAGCGAUUUCCUGAGGGUCGUCCAAGGGAGUGCAGGCGUUCUAGGUUCUAAGUUCUAGACAGGGUUCUAGGUUCUUUUGUAAUAUAAUUCACAGUACGUAAAACACAGUAUUUCCAUUGCACAGUAUAAAAUGGCAUGUGGCUUUCUGCAUGUAAAAUAAAACGACAAUAAAACUUGAAAUUGCAGCAGAAAAGUAUAUUAUCCAAAAAAAUAUUAAAAUUCUAUU